AUGAAUGAUCAUGCAGCAAUCGAGAUCGUUGAACUGAACGAUGCGGCAGUUGGAACCGACACUGCCGGAUUCGAUGCCAGGAUGGUUGCAGAAGAGCGGUUGGACACGACAGGGACACGGCCAUCUGCACGCCCAGUUAAUGCUGACGCAGGAUCGGGCAAUGAUAUUGCAGUUGCUCGCCUGUUGGAUGGGAUUAGAAGCCUGCUAGAGGAAGCGCCUAGUGGCUUUCAAGCCGAAACCUCGCCUUGCACCAUCUUUAGGAUUCCCCCGCCUCUUCGUGGGAUCAAUCCUAAGGCCGAAGAGCCAGAAAUCGUGUCUAUAGGCCCGUACCACCGGGGCCGGCCCCAGGUGCUCGCGUUUGAAAGGCUUAAGCCGCUCUUCCUCAAGAGGUUCCUUCGCCGCACGGACUGGGACUUGGAGAAACUUACACAAUUUGUGGCAGGUCAGGAGAUUUCUGUCCGGACUCGCUACUCGGAAAAUGUGGCUAUGACGAGUGAUGACCUCGUGCAGAUGAUGCUACUUGACGGUUGCUUUGUGGUGGAACUCCUACUCCACUUUCACGAGAGCGGCAAUGAGGCUGACGAAAAUGACCCCAUCUUUGCACGGCCUCAGAUAAUCCCGAUGAUCAUUCGGGACUUACUGAAGCUCGAGAACCAGAUUCCGUACUUUCUUCUCCAGUUAUUGGUUAGUGGGCCGCUCCCACAUGAGGUAACAGCAAAUAUAGGCUCUUUGGCCACACUCGCGUUGAAAUUGUUCAAUCAGACCUAUCCGAGACCCAUGGCGCUUCUCAAAUGUUGGGGGACUCUUAAAUGUGAGCAUCUACUUGACCUGUUUUGCUCGAGUCUCUAUCCAACAAGCCGGGUCCGCCCCAACUACACAAAGGAGAAGUGGCCAUCGGCUCAGUCCGUACCAUGCGUGACCGAGCUUAGGCCCUCCGGAAUCAAAUUCAAGUCCAGGAAGGCGGACAGCUUGAUGGACAUAAGUUUCCGGAAACCGGUACUCCAAAAAUGGGUACUCCAGAUACCAUACAUCACAAUCGACGACUUCAUGACCACCGUGCUGAUAAACUGCGUGUCCCUGGAACAAUGCCGGGAAAGCAGGUCCAAGUACAUGACUGAUUAUGUCUCCUUCAUGCACUGCCUCAUCAAUCAGCCGAAGGAUGUGUCGCUCCUCCGUUCAGAUGGGAUCAUCGCACUAUAUUCUCAUGAUGACCAAUAUGUGGUUGAUUUGUUUGAUAAGCUCGGGAAGAGCAUUUCUUUCAAUGUUUAUGACUGUUUUCUGUCCAAGCAGUUCGAGGAGCUGGAAUCCUACUACCGCAGCAACUGGGCGAACAUGAUGCGCACUUACUUUUCCAGUCCGUGGUCAUCCAUAUCGGCCUUCUCAGCUUUCUUAGUCAUAGUUCUCGGCAUCACACAGACCGUUUUUGCUGUACUUACUUUUAUCUUCCACCGCUAGGAUUUGUUGUUUAGCAGAUAUGUAUCGGUUCAUUCUACAAAGCAGAAAGGACUGACCAUUUCGUGGGUAUUAAUGUACUACAUUUUCUGCCCUGAUGAAGGUGCUUCUACUGAAGAGCAUGGGAUGCCAAUCAUAGAGCUGUAGGAAAAUGUGGGGACUAAUGGGCUGUGAUUGCUUCUUGUUGUUCUGUUUUGGGGUUGUGAUUGGUUGUUGUAGUUGCAUUUUGGAGCUUUAGAUUGCUUCUUGUAGGACGCGCUGUGACCAUUGGCUAGUGGCUAGGUCAAGGGGAUCAGUGGGGUUUUAGCUCAUCUGUGGUUGGCUCUUUUUGUAAGCAAUUGAGUUUAUUUGUUUUGUAAGCUCCAUUUUAGUAAUGCAAAUAACUAAGUUCGUUCGAUGAAUUCGAGUGUUUAAUGAUGAGUUUUGCUUGAUGAUGCUA